ACAAAAAAAAAAACUAGUUUUGUUUAAUAACAUAGCAAUUGUUUGCACAAAAUCAAAACUUGUUGAAAAGCUAUGGCUCAGAUGUCUGAGAUAAUUGUAUCAGUAAAGACCUCAGUUCCCCCACAAUACUUCUAUAAUUUCUUGAAAUAUGAUGCUACCAAAGUUGCCACUAGGGCCCCUAUGAUAGUGAAAGAAUCCAAGUUGAUUUCGGGACAAGAAGGCCAAGUUGGAAAUAUCAAGCUCUUUGUCUAUUUUCAUGGCCCAAUCACAAAGACCGUGAAGCUGGAAACCACAGGACUUUACGACAAAGAGAAAAUGUUGAGCUUUAAGGUGAUCGAACAUGAGGAAAUCCAGCAAUUGUAUCCUUAUUUCAUGGUGACAGCAAUUUUCAAGGAGGGGUCGGUCGAUUGGAAGAUCAACUAUGAGAAAGCUAGCCCUAUCACCCCCAAACCGAUUGUUUAUGCGCAGCUUUUGGUUCAAGUCACAGAAGCGUUGGAACCAUACCUUAUCGGCCAUUAAAGGCCAUUGCAAUCUGAGCUUGAAGCUCAAGAACAAUCGAAUACGAAGCAUAUAUAUAUAUAUAUAUAUAUUCUUAUGAAUAUAAUGUAAUGUAAUGUAAUGUUGUAUGGAAUAAAGGGAUUGCCUUGAGUUUGUCUUUGUUGGAAA